AUGACACGGGGAAUACCCAGUCAAGCACAUCUAGAAUGUGUGACAUUUCAGGGGACAGUGGGCCAGGUCACCUCAGAAAGUAAAUGUCGGAGAGCGCUCCUUCCGAGUGGGGCCGCCAAGACGCCCGGCAUCACCAGGCACGCCUGCCGGCUGCGCUGUGCCCGCCGUGAGCCGCCGGGGCACCGCCGAGGGGCUGUCAGGCCCAAGGAGGGCAGGCAGGGGCGUGCGGAGGCUCUGGAGGGCGACACGGCGCUGAGUCAGGGACCCGACUCUGCUCACAGACACGAGGCUUGUCUGGAAGUCUUGGCGCUGGUGUGGGUGGUGGCCACUCGGGCCGUCAGGACUCCCCUCCUCUCCCUGUGA